AUGUCCACAAACAUGAAGCUACAAAGGAAUAUGAAGAUGUGUUUCGUAUUUCUGCUGUUGGCUUUGAUCCACGGUGCUGCUGAUGCUCAGAUAUGUUCUCCUCCAAGUGAGGUGAGUUUUCAAGAAAACAAUGCAGUGGGUGCAGUUGUCGCUUCGAUCCCUGUACAGGCAGGGGUGACCCUGACAGUCCAACUGUUGGCACCAGAAAAUACCCCAAACCCAUUCGCAAUUGAAGGAAACAACCUGAUAGCAACAGAGGUUCUGGACUACGAGGUCACUAAAAACACAUUUGUUAUACUACAAGAUGUGAAUGAUAACGCUCCAGUCUUUUCUCAAAGCGUCUAUAAUGCCAACGUCAAUGAGUUCUCUCCUGUGGGUACAACUGUUGGCCAGUUUCCUGCAGAUGACCCAGACACAGUCAGCCAGCUGUUCUACACACUGACAUCUGAAACAAAUGCCUUUGCCCUGCAGUCAGACACCCAGCCUCGCAUUCUUGUUCAGGCACCUCUUGACUAUGACAAGGUGAAAAAUGUCCAGCUGAUACUGAAAGUUCAGGACACUCCGUUGCCGCCGUCAGAUAUCAAACCGUCACACUCAGCCACCACCACCAUCAUGGUCACAAUCGUAGAUAUAGACAACAGACCGCCGUGGUUCCAGCCCUGUACGAUGACUGAAGUAGGAGCGGCGGUGAUCUGCCAGAGCCUUGGAUACACUGGCAGAGUCAACUUAAAUGAACAAGAGGCUGGAGUGUUACCUCUGGAGCCAGGACCGCUGUAUGCUAUUGAUGGAGACUCAGGGAUAAACGAGGCUGUGACAUAUUCAAUCCUUGCCGGAAAUGACGCUGGUUUGUUUGCGAUCAGUGCAAACACAGGAAACAUCACCAUGGUCAAAGUGGCUGAUGUGACAGAGACCAUCCGCCUCACAGUGAUGGCAGCUCAGAGUGUGAACAGUCAUCAGUUUUCCACCACCAGCGUCACCUUCACUGUCCAGGUGAAGAGCCUUCACCCUCCAAAGUUUGAGAGUGCUCAGUAUGAGGGUGUCGUCACUGCAGUGGGCGUAAUGGUGAUGGACCUGAAGAACAAGGAUCAACCACUGAAGAUCCUCGCCACAGAUGAAGACUACGCUGCUGCAGGGGGUAUCAAUCCUCACAUCACCUACACCAUUAAAGGCAGCAGUGACUUCUCCAUCAUAAAUGGAUUCUUGUUCAUGACCAGGGAUCUACCGGACAGUACAGUGUCUCUGGAGGUGGUGGCAGAGGACACGUCAAACUCAGAAUCAGCAACAGCCCGGCUCACAGUGGAGGUGACGUCAGGUCUCACCACCACCAGUUUACCUCCUAGCACCACAGACAACAAUGUGACCACUGAAGAUGUCCAGUCCACCACUAAUCCCAGUACAACCAGUGGCAGCACCAGUGGCUCCACUGAAGGAACCAUUUCUACCACUAAUCCCAGUUCGACCAGUGAAGAAGGCACCUCCUCCAGCAGCACAUCUGAGCCUCACACAGGUGUAACGGUCGUCUCAGGUGAUUUCGGGGUGGAGGACAUGGCGGCACUCGGUGCCUCUUUAGGCGUCCUUCUGUUCAUCUGCCUGGUCAUCAUCAUCGUCCUCGCACUUCAGGUUAAGAAAGGAAAAGCAGACUGGAGGAAAAUCUACGAAACCAACAUGUUUAGAAGCUCUCUGGGCCAGGGGUCAUCUGGUCAGACGGAGGCCAUCCAGUACACAAAUGACGGCUUCCAGCGUGAUGACGAUGAAGAUGGAGACUCUUCAUCUAGUGUAUCGCCAGAAUUAGGGCCAGAAAGAAGAACUAUCCCUCCCCCAGAGACCGUCCCGGAAUCUUCAUCACCGCCGUCUGACGAUGAAAAGGACGAAAAGGAGGUGAAGCCCAUCCUGACCAAAGAGAAACGUAUGGAGGAGGGGUACAAGGCUGUCUGGUUUAAAGAGGACAUUGACCCAGACGCCAAAGAGGAGGUGGUCAUCAUCCCAGAGAGAGGGGAGGAGGAGGAUGAGGAGGAGGAUGAAGAGGAGGACAACAACUUACCGAUGAAGAUCCCAAAGGUGGCGUUUGCUGAAAGUGACAUGGACAGUGGGCUCAGCAUGAGAAUGGAAGAGCCAGAGGACGACUCAGGGGAAGAAGAAACGAUGACCUCUGAACUGUGA